AUGGGUCAUCUUUCAAGGUUAACAUAUCUCAAUCUUUCUCAUUCAUCUUUUUAUGGUCAAGUUCCAUUUGAGAUCUCAGGACUCUCAAAUCUGUCUUUCCCUGAUCUAUCUUACAAUGAUUUGGAAUUGAAGAGUCCAAAUUUGAGUAGGUUGGUUAGAAAUUUAAUAAACCUGAAACAACUUCAUCUUACUUAUGUUGGCGUAUCCUCCACAGUGCCUAGCUUUUUGGCAAAUUUCUCUUCAUUAACAUCCUUACUUCUAAGUGAUUGCGGAUUGCAAGGUGAGUUCCCAAACGGAAUUUUUCAACUUCCAAACCUACAAGUUCUUAAUUUGAGGAACAACCCUCGUCUUUCAGGUUAUCUACCUGAAUUUCACUCUAAUAGUUCUUUUGAGGUAUUGCUACUUCACAACACAAGUUUUUCUAGAAAAAUACCCUCUUCCAUUGAAAACCUUCAUUUCCUGCUUCAGUUAGAUUUUGGAGCAUGUUGGCUUGGAAAACUAACCCGAUUAACUGAUCUUGGACUUUAUUCAAAUAACUUGCAUGGCCAUAUCCCAUCAUCCCUUGGCAAACUAACUAGGCUUACCGAUUUGAACCUCGCAGCAAACAAUUUUGAGGGUCAAAUCCCUUCUUUUCUUCAAAACCUAACCCAACUCUCUGUGUUAUGGAUUGGUGACAAUCAAUUCACUGGUGAAAUUCCAUCUUGGUUGGAAACCUUUACCCUUUUAACUCAUUUAAAUCUUGGAAUGAAUAAACUGCAUGGUCUUAUCCCAUCUUCCCUUGGUAGACUAACUAGCCUCACUUAUUUGGACUUUCAAAUGAACAAUUUGAAGGGUCAAAUCCCUUCUUUUAUUCAAAACCUCACAAACGUUACAUACCUUUCUCUUCAAGACAACGAAUUGAGUGGCACACUGUACUUUGACAUGUUUCUUGGCUUGAAAAAUUUAGAGUCACUUUUAUUAGGGCGUAACAAGUUAUCCAUACUUGUUCAAACUAGCAAUAUGAAUGCAACUGUUCCAAGGUUCCGAAGUUUAGACUUGGCUUCAUGCAAUUUAACCGAAUUCCCUUAUUUUCUAAGGUAUCAAGAUAGAUUAGAGUGGUUGGUUUUGCAUGGAAACAAGAUACAUGGUCAAAUACCUAAAUGGAUAUGGAACCUGAGCAUACAGACCAUGGCCAAUGUCGACGUUUCUGACAACUACUUGACAGGCUUUGAACAAACUCCAGUUUUCAUCGCUUGGGUUCACUUGAUCAGCUUAGAUCAUUCAUGCAACAAACUAAAAGGCCAGUUACCAAUUCCUCCACCAUCCACCAUUGAGUACCAUGUCUCAAAUAACAAACUGAGUGGACAAAUUUCACCUUUCUUUUGCAAUCUGAGUUCGCUACUAGUGCUUGAUUUGUCAAAUAACCAGUUGACUGGUAAGCUUCCAAAAUGUUUGGAAAAUUUCAGGAACACUUUACUGGUCUUGAAUAUGAGUAACAACCAUUUUCGUGGUAGCAUUCCCCAAAUGUGUGCAAAUGGAAGCAAUGUGAGAAUGAUUGAUCUAAGCCACAAUCAGUUCCAAGGAAGUUUACCACAAAUGUUGGCCAAUUGUAUGACGCUUGAAGUUCUCAAUCUCGGGAAUAACCGAUUCAAUGAUGUUUUCCCUUCAUGGUUGGGGACUCUUCCAAACUUAAGGCUACUUAUACUGCGAUCAAACAAUCUUCAUGGAGUGAUUAGGGAACUUAGCUAUCCUGGGUUUUUUAGUCUGCAUGUUUUUGAUCUCUCCAAUAACAGUUUUGCAGGUAAAUUGUCAUCUGAAUUCUUAAAAAAUUUGGAGGCCAUGAGAUUUAAAGACCCUGCCAAUUCAUCGUAUCUGGUGGCAAACUUCAGUUUUGAUGUAAAGGCUGUAACAUGGAGCAAUGAAUUUGCUUACUCAAUAACCAUAACAAACAAAGGAAUGGUUAUGCUUUAUGAAAAGGUUCAAGAAGUUUUUGCAGUCAUUGACCUUUCAAGUAACAGAUUUGAAGGAUCAAUUCCAGAGAGUUUGGGGAUUUUACAAGGGCUUCAUGUGCUUAACCUUUCCAACAACAUUCUCACUGGUAAAAUCCCAUCAACCUUGGGAAACAUAACGGAGCUUGAAUCACUUGAUCUUUCCAACAACAAGCUCUCAGGACAGAUCCCUCAGCAACUUGCACAAUUGACAUUUCUUAGUGUGUUUAAGGUUGCUCAUAACCAUCUCACUGGACCUAUACCCCAACUGAACCAGCUUAGCACAUUCGAUGUCAGUUCGUAUGAGGGGAACAAUGGAUUAUGCGGAAAUCCAUUGCCAAAAAAGUGUGAAAGUUCAGUACCACCUUCAGGCUUUGAAGAUGAACAAGAUGCAGAGUCCGCAUUGGAGUUUUAUUGGAUCACAAUCGUGCCGGCAUAUGUUAGUGGACUAGUAAUUGGAGUGGUUAUUGGGCAGAUAUAUGCAACCAAGAAGCAUGAUUGGUUUGUGAAGACCUUUGGCCAGUGGAAACAAAAACGCAGGAGGAGGAAGAUGCAGAGGUUUCCAUGGAGAUAUUGA